AUGCAUCUAUUAAUCCUUCUUCCCAUGGUCUUCUUCGCAGUCGCCCUCCCUCAACCUCCCCCAAAAUACAUCGGCUGCAUCUCCCAAACAUCAACCUUCUCAGCAACAACUCUGCCCUCGCCUUUCACAACCCAUCAAUGCCUCCAAGCCUGCGCCGCCAAAGGUAACCUUGUCGCAAUCGGUAGUGGAACAUGUUACUGCGAUAACGGUAGCGCAUCUGCAUCUUUCGACUUAGUCGAUGAAUCUCGCUGCACAGAUCUCUGUAUCGCCGGCGAUGAGACCAGCGGCAAGUGUGGAGGACAAGACGUCUUGAGUCUUUACCAGAUCGACGGCUAUGAUGGUGGUUGUGCGAAGAAUGGCACUAUUCCACCUGUGGUGCAGACUCCCUGCACGCUUUGUGGACAGGCGACGCUUGUUCCUACUCCUACAGCAGUUCAGAAGAAAGCUGGGAGUCCUUGUCCUUUCGAAGGAUGCAAAGUCGCGCCGGCUCCUAUCGCCACGCCUGCUAGAAACUCGACUGCCAAGAUUUGCCCGUCUGGGGGAUGCAGUUCCAGCGGGCAAGGAGGGCAGAGCGGUAGCGGAGGAGCUGGUGGCCAGGGUGGAACAACAGACACGCAGAAUGGAUCUUCUGGUAAAGGGACCAAGGCCGCACCGGGGCUUGUGAGCGAGAGCCCAAGAUUGUAUUCACCAAGCAUACUAUCAGCUAUUGCGGCCGUGAUCUUUGGGUUGCGAUUCCUAUGA